UGUUCGGUACUUAUGGUGUGCGUAGUGAGAAGAAGUGACAAGUAGACGAAUAAACGAAAUUUAAGAAAAAUUGUAAAUCUAACAUAAGUUGAUUUCAAAAAUGCAUUUUUUCUUAAAAAAUAGUUUUUUAAUGAAGGAAGGGUUUACUAAAUACGUCAUGGCCUUGCAAAGAAAAAUUAAAUUUCCUAAAGAAAUUGUUGAGUACAUUGUUUAUGGUACAGUACUGCAAGAAGUAAGAACCUCAAAUAUUGCUAGAGAAGCAGCUUUAGCAGCAGGAUACAAUGAUCGUACUCCUGCACAUACAGUAACUAUGGCAUGCAUCAGUAGUAACCAAGCUCUUACAACUGGUAUGGGCUUGAUUGCUUGUGGUGUGUAUGAUGUAGUCAUUGCAGGUGGAGUGGAAUUCAUGUCAGAUAUACCAAUUAGACAUAAUAGACGCAUGCGUUCAUUGAUGUUGCAAGCUAAUAAAGCAAAAACAGUUGGACAAAAAUUAGCUCUUCUUGCUACCAUUAGACCAACACAUUUUGUACCAGACUUGCCUGCAGUAGCUGAAUUUUCUAGCAAUGAAACAAUGGGACAUAGUGGUGAUAGGUUAGCAGCUGCAUUUGGAAUAUCAAGAAAAGAACAGGAUGAAUAUGCUUUACGUUCACAUACUUUAGCUGCUAAAGCACAACAGCAAGGAUAUCUCACAGAUAUCAUUCCUUAUAAAGUUCCAAAUGUAAGUGAAGUAGUGAAUAAAGACAAUGGAAUUCGUGUUGCAACACCAGAGCAAUUACAAAAAUUGAAGCCAGCAUUUGUUAAACCAUAUGGAGGAGUUACUGCUGCUAAUGCUUCUUUUUUAACUGAUGGAGCAUCAGCAGCUUUGAUAAUGACAGAAGAAAAAGCUCUUCAACUUGGUUUAACUCCAAAAGCGUAUUUAAGAAAUUUCACUUAUGUUUCCCAGGACCCUGUUGAUCAGUUACUUUUAGGACCAUCCUAUGCUGUACCACAGGUGUUACAAAAAGCAAAAUUGAAUGUAAAAGACAUUGGUGUGUGGGAAAUACAUGAAGCUUUUGCAGGGCAAAUUUUAGCUAAUUUAAAAGCUUUAGAUUCUGAUUUGUUUGCACAAAAUUAUUUGGGUAGAUCUUCAAAAGUAGGAAUACCAGAUAUUGAUAAGUGGAAUGCAUGGGGUGGAUCUUUAUCAAUUGGUCAUCCGUUCGCAGCAACUGGAGUUCGAUUAGCUACACAUACCGCUAAUCGACUUAUUAGAGAAGAUCAAAAGUUUGGACUAAUUGCAGCUUGUGCAGCUGGAGGACAGGGUGUAGGUAUGAUUAUGGAAAGGUACCCUGGAGCUAAGGUUUAAGACAAGAAACAAGGAACAAAGGAAC